GAGAUGAGUCAAGAGUUAGUGAGAUGGAAGGACAUGAUGGCGAUGUGUUGGUAGCUAAAGAUAACACGACGACAAAUAGCGACAAGGUCAUAGAUAAACCGACAACAGAUUGUUAUGUAGUUAUUGAUGGGGCAUUGUGUAACGUUCAGGACGUUGAUGCGCAAACGUUAGAUAGACUACAAGGAUUCGAUAUCCAGCAGUUAAAUAAACAAAAGGACAGUAACGUCAAAAUAAAACUCAAAAUAUCGGCGGAACAUGCGGCUUCGAAUAAAGGUAAAAAUUUAUUUAAAAUUUUAUCAUGGUGUAGUAAGAACCAGGUUGUUCCAAGUAAUAUGGAAAUGUUAAAAUUUAAUUUGGCUCUUCUCACAUUUAUUAAGGUUAAGGAAGCGAAAGAAUGUUUAGUUAAGGUUAACUCUUUGAACGAUAAAUGGCUUGUUGGUAUUAUAGAUAAGAGAUUAUUUUCCUGCAAGGGUGUAAUCGCCGAUUGGCCUUACGAUAUUCCGGAACUUUGGAAAAACAUGGUGGACAAGGACAAGGACGAUAUUAUCAAAAUAGAAAGAAUGAAGAGGAGAAUCUGGGAUAAACAAACUAACAAAUACAUAUCACAAUUUUCGGGUAAUUUUAUUGUAACCAUGAAGGGUUCUAUUCUUAAGGACAAGUUCACUAUUUUCGAAAAUUUACACAUUAUGUUACGUGUGAGACCAUACGUGGAACCGGUGGUACAGUGCUACAACUGUUUCAUGUUCGGGCACAUUAAAGCACAUUGUAAGAGAGACGUUAAAUGCAUUAUUUGUGGAGAUAAGGCUCAUGGAGUUUGUAACGAUCGAUUAAACUGUAUUAAUUGCGGUGAAGAGCAUAAAUCCACAGACAGAAGAUGCCCGGUUUUUCAGAAAAACAAGGAAUUGAAGGUUAUUAUGGCUCAUAAUAAUAUUUCUUUUAUAGAGGCAGAAAGGCUAAUGUUUGGUAAACACGACGUACCAAGCACAUGAUACGACAGAUAUACCAAUCAUAAUGCCUGGCCGGCAUUAGGUCUAUCCAAGAAAAAUAGGCAGAAUAUACAGGAGGAUAAGCCGGAUCCGGUAAGUGAAACUCGGUAUAUUCACUACAAUAACAGAUUCGAUCGGAGGAAUACGAAUUAUGAAAGAGAUAACGUACGAUAUAGGACAGAAAGAGACAGUGUAAACAAAAGAAGACAAGAGUUUUUAGGCUACAAUAAACGUUUUAAUAGCCGAGAAGAGGAGAUUUCUAAAGAUAGGUUUGGAUUACUCUUACAGAAAAAUGAGAUUAAGCAUACUCCGAAUAAAACUUAUUCUACGGAAAGAAGAGUAAAUUACGUUGAAUCUCACGAAGGUUAUAACUGGAUUGCGGAUAUUGAAAAUAUUAUCUCGUCUUUGAAGGAUACAAGGAGGGAGACAAUGAGUCUCAAACAUGACUUGUCAAAUCUUAUGUUAAAAUAAAGUGUGCCGGUAUGUUAUCGCGGAGAAGAGGAAACAGAGCUUAACAGAGUUGAAGAUUUCAGAGAAGAAGAAAGAAAAAGUAGAAAACGUAGAAGCGAGGAAGAUUUAACUAGGUUAAAAAAGUUGACGGCUGGC